AUGGGGAAGGGGGUUUUUCAACGGCGAAAGGAUGGAUCAGUGAAUUUUUUCCAAGGUUGGGAUGCUUACAAGGAUGGCUUUGGGAAGAUUACAGGAGAGCAUUGGUUGGGUCUGAAGCGAAUUCACGCUCUCACCAUUCAGUCACACUAUGAGCUCCGGAUAGAGAUGGAAGACUUUGAAAAUGGCACCGCCUAUGCUCAGUAUGGGACGUUUGGGAUUGGACUGUUCUCCGUUGACCCAGAGAGAGAUGGCUACCCAUUAACCGUGGCGGGAUAUUCUGGAACUGCAGGGGACUCCCUCAUCAAACACAAUGGUAUGAGGUUCACCACCAAGGACCAGGACAAUGACCACUCUGAGAAUAACUGUGCCACUUUUUACCAUGGUGCCUGGUGGUACCACAACUGCCACACCUCCAACCUCAACGGCCAAUACCUGAAGGGCCAUCACAUCUCGUAUGCAGAUGGUAUCGAGUGGUCGUCCUGGACUGGAUGGCAAUACUCCCUCAAAUUCAUUGAGAUGAAGAUUAGGCCGAGGAACGGAGGCCAGUGACGAGAGAUUUAACUAUGAGACCUUUCAACCCUUAAUUUUUGCAAAUGAGUCCAUGAAACACUUUAACACAGCUCCAGCAAAAUAAUACACACACUCACUUACACACUCAUUUAUACACCUUUAUAAACUCUCACUCACAUGCACACACUCACUUACACACUCAGUUAUACACCUUUAUAAACUCUCACUCACACA